UUCCGGGAUUUCUCCCGAAUUAUUUUUUUAAACCGCUGCCCUAACAGAGCCUCUGACCGAAUGUGGAACGGGAAGACGGAGGAAAGCUUCAGCCCGCCUCCCUUUCCCUUGACGUCACACUCCUAGCUCCGCCCAUCAAGCGUGCCCCCGUCAGGCCCCGUCCCCCCAGCAAGAUGAACCGGCCGAAGCCCGCGGCCGCGCGCCGCCCCAGCGCGGUCGCCAAGCCCUCGGGUCACCCGCCUCCGGGAGAUUUUAUCGCCUUGGGUUCAAAAGGCCAGGCCAGUGAAACGAAAGCGACUGCCACCCUGCUCAAGCCCACUUCGGCGGGAUUGCCCUCAGAGCGCAAGAGAGACGGCUCGGCCAGCUUGUCCAGUUCUUCCGGGCUGACCAGCUUGGCCAAGCGCCCCAAGAUCUCCUCUACGCCCCCACUCAGUGCUCUGGGACGCUUGGCAGAAGCCGCAGUAGCUGAGAAACGGGCAAUUUCACCCUCCAUAAAGGAGCCAUCUGUGAUCCCCAUUGAAGUGGCCCCCACCGUUUUAUUGGAUGAGAUUGAGGCUGCGGAAGCCGAAGGCAACGACGACCGCAUCGAAGGAGUGUUGUGUGGGACUGUGAAGCAGCUGAAAAUGAAUCGGGCCAAGCCAGACCCCACUCUGUAUUUGAGCCUGAUGUACCUUGCAAAAAUCAAGCCAAACAUCUUUGCCACGGAAGGAGUGAUUGAAGCACUGUGCAGCCUCCUCCGCAGGGACGCCUCCAUCAACUUCAAAGCCAAGGGGAACAGCCUGGUCUCUGUCCUGGCCUGCAAUCUCCUUAUGGCAGCCUAUGAAGAGGAUGAAAACUGGCCUGAGAUCUUUGUCAAGGUCUACAUUGAGGAUUCCCUGGGGGAGCGUAUCUGGGUGGACAGCCCGCACUGCAAGACCUUUGUGGAUAACAUUCAGACAGCAUUUAGCACGAGGAUGCCUCCCAAAAGUAUUCUGCUCCAUGGGGAAGUUGGGCGCAGCGGCGGUGACCUUAGCGCUGGAAACAGCCCCCACCCCUCCAUGCCAGAAGAGGAAGACAGCCAGAGCGAGCUGCUGAUCGCGGAGGACAAGAUGAGCCCUGAGCAGGAGGGACAGCUGAUGCCCAGGUACGAUGACCUUGCGGACAGCGUGGAGGAAUACGUGCUGGACAUGCUGCGGGACCAGCUCAACCGGCGCCAGCCAAUGGAUAACGUCUCCCGGAACCUCUUGCGCCUCCUGACGGCCACGUGUGGCUACAAAGAGAUCCGUCAAAUGGCCGUGCAGAGGCUGGAGAUGUGGCUGCAGAACCCCAAACUCACAAGGCCAGCCCAGGAUUUGCUCAUGUCUGUCUGCAUGAACUGCAACACCCACAGCUCUGAGGAUGUGGAGGUCGUCUCCAACUUGAUCAAAAUCCGCCUGAAGCCCAAAGUCCUGCUGAACCACUACAUGCUCUGUGUCAGGGAGCUGCUGAAUGCCCACCGGGACAACUUGGGGACCGUGGUCAAGUCUGUGAUUUUCAAUGAGCUUUCCAACGCCAGGAACCCCAACAACAUGCAGAUUCUGUACACAGUGCUACAACACAGCCCAGAGCUAGCACCAAAGUUCCUGGCAAUGGUGUUUCAGGAUCUGCUGACCAACAAAGAUGAUUACUUGCGAGCUUCGCGGGCCUUGCUGAGGGAGAUCAUCAAGCAGACAAAGCACGAGAUCAACUUCCAGGCAUUCUGUCUGGGCCUCAUGCAGGAGCGGAAGGAGUCGCAAUACGUCGAGAUGGAAUUCAAGGACCGAUUUGUCAUCCACAUCACGGACCUGCUGGCCGUCUCCAUGAUGCUGAGCAUCACCGCCCAGGUGAAGGAAGCAGGGAUUGCGUGGGACAAAGGAGAGAAAAAGAACUUGGAGGUGUUGCGUGCCUUCCAGAAUCAGAUCGCAGCGAUUCAGCGGGAUGCUGUGUGGUGGCUGCACACGGUCGUCCCCUCAAUCACGAAACUGGCUCCCAAGGACUACGUGCACUGCCUCCACAAAGUGCUAUUCACAGAGCAGCCAGAGACCUACUACAAAUGGGACAAUUGGCCUCCUGAGAGCGACCGGAACUUCUUCCUCCGCCUGUGCUCCGAAGUGCCCAUCCUCGAAGACACGCUCAUGCGGAUUCUUGUUAUCGGCCUGUCGCGCGAUCUUCCCCUCGGUCCUGCCGAUGCCAUGGAGCUGGCUGACCACUUGGUGAAACGGGCAGCUGCUGUGCAGGCAGAUGAUCUCGAAGUCUUGAGAGUGGAAAGGAUCCAGCUCAUCGACGCUGUCCUGAAUCUGUGCACUUACCACCACCCAGAAAACAUCCAGCUGCCCCCAGGGUACCAGCCUCCAAACCUAGCCAUCUCCACUCUUUACUGGAAAGCCUGGCCUCUUUUGCUGGUAGUUGCUGCGUUCAAUCCUGAGAACAUUGGUCUUGCUGCCUGGGAAGAGUACCCUACACUGAAGAUGCUCAUGGAAAUGGUGAUGACCAAUAACUACUCCUACCCGCCUUGUACUUUGACGGACGAGGAGACCCGCACAGAGAUGAUCAACCGGGAGCUGCAGAUCUCGCAACGGGAAAAGCAGGAGAUCCUGGCCUUUGAGGGCCACCUUGCUGCCGCCUCGACCAAGCAGACCAUCACGGAGAGCAGCAGCCUGUUGCUGUCUCAGCUUACUAGUCUGGACCCACAGGGCCCUCCUCGCAGGCCUCCUCAGCCCGUCCUGGAUCAGGUGAAAAGCCUGAAUCAGUCCCUUCGCCUGGGACACCUCCUCUGUCGCAGCCGGCACCCCGACUUCCUGCUGAACAUCAUCCAGAGACAGGCUUCUUCCCAGUCCAUGCCGUGGCUGGCAGAUCUGGUCCAGUCCAGCGAGGGCUCCUUGGAUGUCCUCCCAGUGCAGUGCCUCUGCGAAUUCCUCCUGCACGACGCUGCCGACGAGUCAGCUUCCGGAGAGGAAGAAGAAGAGGGCGAGAGCAAAGAGCAGCGAGCCAAGAAGCGGCAGAGGCAGCAGAAGCAGCGACAGCUGCUGGGUCGCCUCCAGGACCUCUUGCUGGGGCCCAAGGCGGAUGAGCAGACCACCUGUGAGGUGCUGGACUACUUCCUGAGGCGCCUGAGUUCUUCACAGGUGGCCUCGCGGGUUCUGGCCAUGAAGGGUCUGUCCUUGGUGCUUUCGGAAGGGGGGCUCCGUGACAGAGAGGAGAAGGACCACCUGAUGGAGGAAGACUCGAGGGACUCAGAGCUCCUGCAGGGGUAUCAGUGGCUGCUCCGGGACCUGCCCAAGCUGCCACUCUUCGACAGCGUGCGGGCCACCACAGCUGUCGCUCUGCAGCAGGCCAUCCACAUGGAGACCGAACCACAGACCAUCAGUGCUUACUUGAUGUACCUUUCCCAGCAUGCUCCAGUAGAGGAACAGGGACAUCACAACGACCUUGCUCUGGAUGUGGCCAGGCUCAUUGUAGAGCGGUCGACCAUUAUGUCUCACCUCUUCUCGAGGCUCUCGUACUGUUCAGAGUCAGACGCUGUUCUGGUGGCAUUGCUCUCUGUCUUCUCACGCUACGUUAGGCGCAUGCGCCAGAGCAAAGACGGCGAAGAGGUGUACAGCUGGUCAGAGUCCCAAGAUCAAGUUUUCCUUCGCUGGAUCAGCGGGGAAACGGCAACGAUGCAUAUCCUUGUAGUCCAUGCCAUGGUGAUUCUGCUGACGCUGGGGCCCCCUCGAGCUGGGGGCAGCGACUUUUACGCACUGCUGGACAUCUGGUUCCCGGAGAAAAAGCCCCUUCCUACGGCGUUCUUGGUGGACACUUCAGAAGAGGCCCUGCUGCUCCCGGAUUGGCUGAAGCUGCGGAUGAUCCGCUCGGAGGUGCCUCGGUUGGUGGAUGCUGCCCUGCAGGAUCUGGAACCCCAGCAGCUCCUCCUCUUCGUCCAGUCCUUCGGCAUCCCCGUCUCCAGCAUGAGCAAACUCCUGCAGUACCUGGAUCAGGCCGUCUCCCACGAUCCUCAGACACUGGAGCAAAACAUCAUGGACAAAAACUACAUGGCUCACCUGGUCGAGGUACAGCACGAGAGGGGAGCGACGGGAGGACAGACCUUCCACUCUCUUCUCACUGCAUCCUUGCCCCCUCGUCGAGACAGUGAAGAAGCUCCUCAGCCAAAACCGAGUCUCGAGGCUCCCCAAGGCCAAGGCAGAAUCCGGGCUCUGUCCCAGAUCCGAGUUCUGGGUCCAGAGGACGACCUGGCAAGCAUUAUCCUUCAGCUGUUUCAGCUGAACCCAGAUCCCCGCUGGCAGAACUCAAACCCCCGUCCGCUUGCCCUGGCUCUGCAGCAGGCCUUGGGUCAAGAGCUGGCUCGGCUUCGCCAGGGGAACCCCCCAGCGGCAGGGACCGCGGCACGUCUUCUCCAGUCAUUGGCGGCACUGUUGAACUCUCCGCAUGGCGGGGCGUUGGUGAUGAUGAUGCAUCGAAACCACGCUGUGUCUUGCCCACUGAUGCGCUUGCUGUACCAGUACCAGCGCUGCGUCCCCCAGGACACAGCCUUCUCCUCGCUGUUCUUCAAAGUCCUCAUGCAGAUGUUGAAGUGGCUGGAGAAUCCAGCUGUGGAAGAAGGACCUCUCCGGACACAGCUCAAGUCCUUCGCUGUCCAGUAUUCGUCCAGACAUAGGAUCAACGAUGUUCGAGGGGGUUUCCUCCACCUGGCGGACGCGCUGGCUUUCCGCCGUGACUCUGACAUGAUCGACUCCACUGUGCGGGCCAUCAUAGCCACCCUGAAGUCCGGUGAAAAGUACAAUGUGGAACCUGAGCUUGUCAGCAAAGUCCUUCAGGGCCUGACAGAAACCCAUUCGCCGUACCUGGAGGAACUCCUGGCUGCCCUCUUCUCGGUCACCAUGGAGACCUCAUCCCGCUUUCCUACCACGGGCCCCGUCGCUGUGGUGAGCUCACUGUUGUUGCAAGACCAAGAGGAGGCCCCUGUGAAGAACGAAGCAGAAAGCUGCAGCUGGACGGCUGAAGGAAGAGGCCCCGAGACGGCCCAGCUGGGGCCUGCCUCUGGCCUGUUCAUCAACUGGCUGGAAAUGCUGGAUCCUGAGGUGAUCAGCAGCUGCCCGGAUCUCCAACAGCGGCUGCUGUUCUCCUGGAACAAGGACAAAGGUGCUUCAGAAUCGGAGCCGCCCUCUUUCCGCCCAUACCUUUUGGCGCUCCUGACUCACCAGUCCAGCUGGACCACCCUCCACCACUGCAUCCAGAUCCUGCUGUGCAAAAACCGAGAGCAAAGGUUUGACCCAGCUGCGUCCUUAGAUUUUCUGUGGGCCUGCAUUCAUAUCCCUCGGAUUUGGCAAGGCAGAGACCAGAGGAUACCCCAGAAACGGCGGGAGGAGUUUGUGCUCCAGUUGAAGGCACCUCAGCUGAUCAGCCUGGUGGAGCUCAUCCUGGCAGAGUCUGAAACCAGAAGCCCGACUUCCGAGGAGGCCGCCUGCUCAGUGAUUCAGUCUCGGCUGCCGCUUUUGCUGAGCUGCUGCCAUGGAGAUAUUGAAAGCAUCAAAAAAGUUGUGGAAUAUUUGACAGGCUGCAUCCAGCAGUGGGGGAGCAGUUCGAUGGGGAAACACUGCCAGGACCUUCUGCUGCAGAUCUACCUUCAACUGCCUGAGCUCCUCGUGCCAGUGCCCGAGACUCUGCUGUCCAGCGAAGGGGCCACCGAUAGCAGCACCUGCAAACUGGAUGCCCUGGUCCACCGAUUCAUCACUCUCCUUGCCGAUUCCAACGAUUCGAAAGCCAGCGAGAGCCGGCUGUGGGACGCCAACAUGGCCUGUCGGAAGCUGGCCGUGGCUCACCCCAUUCUUUUGCUCAGGCACUUGCCAAUGAUCGCAGCCCUUCUCCACGGCCGUGUCCACCUCAACUUCCAGGAGUUCCGCCAGCAGAACCACCUCACGUUCUUCAACCACAUCUUGGGCAUCCUGGAGCUCCUGCAGCCGCAGGUCUUCCAGAGCGAGCACCAGGGGGCGCUGUGGGACUGUCUCCUCUCCUUCAUCCACCUGCUUAUGAGCUACCGGAAAUCUUCUCGGCACCUGGCAGCCUUCAUUUCCAAGUUUGUGCAGUUCGUCCACAAGUACGUCACCUCCAGUGCCCAGGCAGCUGUGUCCUUCCUGCAGAAGCAUUUGGACCCCCUCCAUGACCUUUCGUCAGAUAACAAUGAUCUCGUGAUGCUGAAGUCCCUCCUGGCAGGUCUGAGCUUGCCUAGCAAGAGCAGCACAGCUGACAGGGGUGCUGACGACGAGAAGGAUGAUGAGACAGCAGCAGGAUCUCUGCCCCUCGUCAGCGUCUCGCUCUUCACCCUGCUCACUCCUGCAGAAAUGGCCCCAUACAUGAAGAGGCUCUCCAGGGGACAAACCGUGGAAGAUAUCCUGGAAGUGCUGACCGACAUUGACGAGAUGUCCCGACGGAGGCCUGAAAUCCUCUCCUUCUUCUCCACUCACCUGCAAAGGCUGAUGAGCUCUCCCGAGGAGACCUGCCGGAACCUGGCCUUCUCCCUUGCUCUGCGCUCCAUACAAAACAACCCCAGCAUGGCAGCCGAUUUCCUUCCUACGUUCAUGUACUGCCUCGGCAGCCGGGACUUCGAGGUUGUUCAAACAGCUCUGAGGAACUUGCCUGAAUAUACCCUCCUUUGCCAAGAGCACGCUGCCGUACUGCUGCACCGGGCAUUCCUGGUUGGGAUGUACGGACAGAUCGACACCAGCUGUCAGAUUUCAGAGGCCUUGAAGAUUUUGCAUAUGGAAGCCAUGAUAUGAAUAGGGUCGCUUCAAGGGUUCAAACCUCAGAGGGAAAGUUGGGAUCCCUCCGCCCCUGUGUUGUGCCACUGCUGGCAGGACAGCUUAAGAGAAAACACUUUGUGAUUUGCCUCGCAUUCUGAAGUGGGGUGAAGGAUGCGCCGAAUCCAUGAGAGAGCUUCAACCAAAGGAAGGAAGGAAAAGUUGGCUUGGACUUGGGGGAUGCUGGAACUCAUCCCACCCCAAAUGUCUCUUACGUGGAAGCCACACAGAUUCAAAGUCUCUCCUCCACCCCCAUUGUCAAGUGUAGGGGUGCUAAAAUGGCAAUCGGCCAUGGCACCCGUCUUCUUUGGGGCGGGCUAUUGGACUUUCCCCUGAAUGUGACUGUUGCCAAAACACCUGUCCGAGAACAUGGGCAGAGGCGCAGCCAGCGCGCCGGCUAACAAGACUCCAAAACUUUGUUCUUUUUCUUUUUUAAAUUAAAACAAAUUACCUCUGUUACA